AUGAGAGCUGAGUGCGGCCGACAAAGGGCCGCCUUCACCGGGUUGCUGGGAAGAGGUGUAACAGAUUCUGUGGCAGAGAGUGAAUCUGCUCAUAUGCAGACUCAGACUGGUCAAAAUUCAAUCCCUUGUUUAGCUCAGCAGCGAUUGCAGAGACAGAUGAGUCUGCAGAAUCAGAAGGUGUGA